AUGUCAAUAUCAGUUGACAGUAACAAUCUUAGUUUUGUUAACGAUUUGAAUACUGGGAAAGAUAUGUGGAACAUGAAAGCGAGAAUUAUUCGAAAAUGGAAUCAAGGUUACAAGAUGGAUCUCAUCUUCAUUGAUGAAAAGGGUGUUAAGAUUCAAGCAGAAGAUGCUGUUGUGAUUUUGUCGAAAUUUGGUGUUGGUGAGAAUAAAGAUUUAUAUAAAGUAGUAGUGCAGCCUUAUAAAAUCAACUUUUAUAGAUGCACAACUGUUACUCCUGUGAGAGAUUGGAAAGGUGUUGAGUAUGGUUUCAACUUCAGAGCUUAUGAAGAUAUUCUUCAAGGAGGGGCGUUAAACGCUUUGAGUGUUGAUGUUGCUGGAUCUGUGAUUUAUUGUGGAGAUCUUGAAAUCUUUGAUCGACCUCUAAAGGAGACUAAGAAGAUGAAUUUCGAUAUUGAAGAGGGUAAGGUUUUGCGGUGUACUGUGUGGAAUGAUUAUGCUCUGCAGAUUAAGGACUUCAUUUCUAAAAUCCCACCUCAUGAGCAUGUGAUGGCUGUUAUACAGCAUGAAAAGUGUAAAGAAUGGAAAGGUGAAUAUACUGUUCAAAGUGAUAAGUUUGCAACACGAAUUUUUCUGAAUGAAGAAAUUGAUGAAGUUAAUGAGCUAAGGAGGAGGCUUAUACUGAAGUUUGGACAAGGGAGUGGUUCUACUUCUCAAACAAUACUAUCAUCUCAGAGUGUUUUUCUACUGCAUAAAGAAUUUGUAACUGAUGGUGUGAAGAAACAUGUUGAUGAGAUUAGUGAGAUAGAAAAGGUUUCACAUCUUUUUAUAUAG